UGCGCAGACGCUACGGCCAUAGCACGAAAAGAACUGGACCCAGUACAAAGAAAUGUAGAAUUGGGUGGAAAUUGUCCCAUCACCUUUUGACGUCUGUAACUUCUUACUUCUCUCUCAGGAAGGAGAAACCUUGCAACAGCUGAUUGCUAGUCACAAUUCCACCUCGGUAAGGCGGUUAGAGAGAGUGAAGGUUGGGUAGCAAGGUAUGUUGCGAGAAUGCCGUCGGUAGCACAGACUGAGUAUGGUAUUCGUGAUGUAUGGGCAGUACACCUGGAGGAGGAGUUCAGGAACAUCCGACAAAUUGUGCAGAAAUACAAAUAUGUAGCUAUGGACACAGAGUUUCCUGGUGUUGUUGCCAGACCCAUCGGGGAAUUCCGCAGCACCACAGACUAUCAGUACCAACUUCUUCGAUGUAAUGUUAAUCUUCUUAAAAUCAUCCAAAUUGGAUUCACGUUUAUGGAUCAAGAUGGAAACAGGCCACCAAAUACUUGUACAUGGCAGUUCAACUUCAAAUUUAAUCUUCAGGAAGACAUGUAUGCCCAAGAGUCUAUCGAUUUACUGAGGAAAUCUGGGAUACAGUUCGAGAAACAUGAACAAGAUGGAAUAGAUGUCGGUGACUUUGCUGAGUUAUUGAUGACUUCAGGUGUAGUUCUCGUGGAUGAAAUCAAAUGGUUGUCCUUUCACAGUGGUUUUGACUUUGGCUACCUACUGAAGAUUCUUACCAAUUCCAAUCUACCCAUGGAGGAGUCUGAGUUCUUUGAGCUUUUGCGUCUUUACUUUGCCAAUAUCUAUGAUAUCAAGUACUUGAUGAAAAGCUGUAAGAACCUAAAAGGGGGACUACAAGAGGUUGCAGAUCAACUUGAAAUUCAGAGAGUUGGACCUCAGCACCAGGCAGGGAGUGACAGUUUACUUACUGGGUCCUCUUUCUUCAAAAUGAGAGAGAUGUUCUUUGAGGACAACAUAGAUGAUGCCAAGUACUGCGGUCACUUAUAUGGAGUGGGAACAUCAUAUGUACAGAAUGGUACCUCAACAUUUGAGAACAAUAGCUACAAUUCUACACCAAACUCUCACUCAACACCAGUUUCAAGUGCGGAGGAUUCAGGGGGGACCAUGACGCAGGCUUCUACUUCAUGAUCUGGACUAGCUUAAUCAUGUCAGUGGUGGUAUGACUAAACACACUAGUCUGUGACAUCAGUGAGACUACACCAGUCUGCGGGUGGGUGGGUGGAUGGAUGGAUCAGAUGGGAUGAGGGAGGGAGGGAGGGUUGGUGGGUGGUUCAGAUGAUGGGUGACUUACUACUGUUGUAUAGUCUCCAUGGACAGUGUCCUGUCCAUCUUUGGUGACGAGGCUUCAGAUAUAUGCCAUCACCAGAAGAUGGUGGGAUGCUGUUUAUAAAGGGGUGGUGGCAAGUCACCUGUAACAAAGUGCUUAUGUUUUAGCCAUCUCCCAAAGUUAGAAUGAGCCAUGGAUCACAUUUGAACAUCUUCUUGAGAGGAAGCUGAUGCAAGCCCUUUAAAUUCUGAAGCUCAUUGACUAGGAAUAGUCAUGCCAAAACUUUCAGUUCAUUUUUCGUUGGUACUCUGUACAGAAAUGUGAUACCUAUUUUUAUUUUUUAUCUGCUUACUGUCAUACCACCACUGACAAUACACUAUACGAAGGCUAUGUUGUUCUCUGUCACUUUUGUCAUGGACUAGGUUAUAUCAGGAUGUUCAUGGGCUUGCUGUCAUCGUCAUUUGGAACAUCUCAGGGUACUUUGAGGUGCAGGACAAAUGUGUUCACUUUGGUAGCCCAUUACCAUUCAUCCUAUGUUAAUUCACAUCGAGGCAUUCCAGUUUUUAUUACUUGGUUUUGGGACAUACGUGAUUUAAAUAAGUCUUUUAUUUUUUUCUCCCCAAUCUUAAUAUCUAUUAAAAUGAAAACAGCAAAUGAACUGAACCGUUUCAGUGAUUACAAAAAACACUUUUGACUUCAUUUAAUUUCAUCUGCGUCAACCACAAACAUUUCAUAUGGGAAUAAAUCCCUUAGCCAAGUAAUAAAGAAAGGAUGUCGAACCAUCAUCUCAGUGUGGAUUACAUACUGGCAAUUUUUUCUGACUACUGAAUAACCAAGUGAAUGAAGUUAGGAACAAAUACAACUUGCAUAUGAGAUUCAUAUAGUGCAACUAUUUUAACAAGUUAAGCUUUGUGAUACUGUGAAGGAAAGAUAGCUUUGUUUAUGCAUGAAAAAUUUGAUUGUAGCUGCUUUUAGUUGUAGGGUUAUUUUCACGAAGAAAAGUUGAGUUUUGUUUUACUGGCCGACAAUUUUAAAGUAAUUGGUUUGUGUCUAGGAUAGGUGGAAUCCAUACGUGAGAUGUAAUUCUGGAGUUUUAUACUGUUACUAGAAGAGGGAUUCAAGGAAGACACUCUCCUCCAUUAAUGUCUUUCAUUCAGCUAUGUUAGUAUUUUAUUUUAACAGCAUGCUUUCACUUUGUUAUUUUUGCCAUAUAUGGGACAAAGGUGAACACACCUAAACCUUGCCACCAGAUUGAUCAUUACCAUUAUGAGUAUCUGUGAUAAUCAGUAUUACCAAACAAAUAUGUUGACUUUCCAUCCUAGUUGUUUGAUUGUGACAACUAAUUAUGAUCAUGAUUCAUUUGCAAAUUUGAAAUGUUGUGAAUAAUCUUUUUUGUCUGUCGAAAUUUAACAAUGAACUUGUCUUUUGUAAAUUCUAGUAAAUUGGCAUAAUUUGCCACAAUAUUUAAACUUUCAUUUCAAAUUAUCAGUCCACAACCUGAAGAUCGAUUGUUUAAUUGUUUGUCACUUGUUGGCAAAAGCCAGCAUAGUUGCUCAUUACAAGGAACAUUUUGGGGGAAAAGAUCUAUCACCUGGUGCUUGAUGGCAUGGUACCAGUACUGAACUUGAGAAACAAGCAAAGGAAACUUCUUAGCCUGAAUUAUGCUUACUGUAAGUUCACCUUCCAUGUGGUCCUGCCUUGAUGUGUAAGAUAUCUGGUGACAAGGGAAUAUGCAAGCACCAAUGUCCGAGCUGAGAGUAUGAACUGGGUAGUUUUAACAUUGACAAAGGGUCAGAUCAAAGGGAUGGACUCACAGCUUGAUAAACAUACAACUGGUAGCUAACUGAAAUUACAUUUGUUGAAUUUAUGCUUUUCAAAGAACAUGUGAUUUGCUGUGAUUCUUUGGUUAUAUUUUAAGUGUUUUAACUGAAACUGAAGCUUCUGUUAUGAUAUUUAGAACUAUUUACAUUUUGAUGAAGUUGUAAUCUCAGAAAAUCUGACCUAAUUUUAGUCCGAAACAAAGGAGUGCUUGCUGUAGUGAAGAUCGAGGUCCUAUUGAAGCUGAAUUCUUAGUACUUUGCCACCCUCUCCUACUGUGGUUGCCAUGGGUACAAUUAUCACACUUAUUUUAGUUUUAAUUCUGGUAUUCAUACAUUACUAAGAAUGUUUUUAGUCAGAAGUUUGUGCCUUUGAUUUCCCUACUGAGAUGAUUUUAGUCCAAAUGGAUACAUUGUGAUGCUCAGUUCCCAAAUCACUGGCUUUUCAAGCACCUGUUUUGUAGGAAUACUGAACUCUAGUGAUUGUUUCCAUUUGGACCAACAAGUGCAAUAACAGGGUCAAGGUCAAACUUUUGAAACCAUCCCCUCAUUUCUCCAUGACGAUGGUUUCGGCAUCUUUUAUCAUUGGAUGUUGUACAUAUUGCUUAAAUCAUUAUUAUAACUGAAUUGUAUUUUUAAUAAACCUGUUAUACUGGAAACUUUUAUACCAUUAGAUGACUUACAUUAUUGCAUCAUAUUUUAUGGAAAAGCAUGGUAAAUUACUGUGAUAUUAAAAUAUGACAUGUUUCAUCAUGUGCUCUCUCCAUUCGAAAUCAUCUAUUUUUGUCAGUGUUCAGAUGCAGCUUCACAACUUGUGGUAGCCCAAAUAUCUUAAUUCAACAGAAGAGUUGCCUAUGCUUAGCUUUUCCUCAAAUGAAAGUAUCCAUUUGUACAAGUAGAUACUGAGACCAAAGUACCAUUGUGUCUUGUUUCAAAAGAGGUGCAGAUGUUAAUAAUGGGUUUCAUCAUAUUGGUAAGACAGAUGUUAAAUUUGAGUAAUCUGUAAUAUUUAAAUUUGUAAGGGGGUAAAGUCUAUUUUCGUCCUUUUUAAGGUCAAGGGGUAGAAGUAAUUUUCAAACCAUAUGGCCUGAGUUUGACCACCUGUUGCUAAAGGGAUUUCAGAAACUGUUUUGGUUGGUGGUGCAAAUCAGGUGUUAAGUGUUAUUUAAGGCUACAGAUCUGAAUCAAUAUGAUAUCUUGAUUGACACUCACAGGUGUUUCAGUUUUCUGAGGACAGUCGUCCAUUACAGUGAUAGUGACUUUCCUGUUACAAGCUGGCUUAUGACCUGUGAAUGCCGGAUCUUGCCAGUAAAGUAGUUGAAACUCCUGAAGCAUUUGUUAACAAGUGUAAUUUUUGGAUUUGUAUGAUAUUUGAGCUGCACCGUCUCGUUCUGUUUGACUUGCAUGUUUGUUGCUCGCUGAAUACGACACAUCCUGUCAUUUUGUUUCAUCUGUGCUCAGGUGUGUUUUGUUACCUUCCUGUACGGCCUGUGUCAUAAUUAUUGGUUGAUUGAGACAUGACUGUGUUAAGGUGACUUUCCACUUUUCAGGAGUCUUUAGGAAUUUAUUAUAAACAUUUCAGUUUUGUACAUCUUCUGACAAUUAAGCUGUAUUCAGAAUCCUGUACCGGCACUGAAAUGAUUACCAUACAAUAUUUUGUCUGUACAACUUCCUUGCAGUAAUGGCUCUUCGUCUACCUUUGACGUUUUGGUGUAAAGGCAUGUUGUUUUAACUCCUGCAGUGAUGCAGUUUGACUACCAUGUACAUUCCAUUCUAGACAAAAUGAUUUUAAGAGUUUUAUGUACCCCUUCUAAUGAUUUUGGAUUGCCUGACCAUUGUCAUAGUUGUCAUUUCUGAGAAUGUUGUCUCAUGUGUCCUCACUGAUCACCCAUGUCGUGGACUAAGGCAGCUAACAUCCCUCCAGAACAUUUAGACUUCAACUUGUCAGCCCUGCAGCAUCAACACUCGAAUCUACUUUUAGCUACAUUUGCAGCCAUCUGAUGUAGGUAUUUGUCAUAUGCAUUCUUCUUUGAGAAUACCCACAGCCACUGGAACUUUUAAUGUCGACAGGUUAUGUUCAGGGGUACUAAAGUGUAGAAGGGAUAUGAAGCAUAUGUUUAUGUACCUAUUUCUGAUGACUGUAAGCCAAUCUUAUUUUAACUGCGUCAGUCUCGUGAAGUGCCAAUAUUGUUUGAUUUUACCUGUCUGUCUCUGUUGAUCUGCGAGAGUGCCAUCUUGUAUGUCAGCUCGGCGUAUGUGUAGGACACAUAGGAUCAGAACAGUCACAACAUUCAGCUUGUCUUCAACUGCUAGGUCGACUUCAUCAUUUCCUUUCCUUGGUAUAUACAUGUAUAUAUUUUUGAAAUUGCAAAUUAAUUUCUCCAUGCAUUUCUUAAAGGAUCAUACUCAUUGCUUUAAACUGGAAAUUACUAUUUACAUAGCUCUGAAAAAAGUGAUGACUGUCUUGGAUCCUGUGUGACCACUCUGAGUACCCAGACAAGCACUUCCUCAACAGUUCGACAGUGUUUGUAUCUGUGGCAGAGCUCAUAACUUUGGGAGAUGGCUGUUCUUGUCUUUUAUCCUAUUCUGUAAAUAAAACAGACAAGUCCUUUUGUUUAUUUCCUAUGAG